AAAAAUGAUAUGAAACAUUUUUUGAAAUUUCGGAAAUGUGUCUGAAAAUUUUUGAUGGUCGAAAUGUGUCUAAUACUGAAACACAGCAGAUUCUAAAAUUUUCAUGCAGCGAUCAUUAUGCAAUUAGUUUAAACAACAAGAGUGUGCAGAAAUGGCUAUCGAUAUGAAGAAUGACAGUAGCAUUACUUGUUUGUCAUCCCUGAUUUUAGUACCAAAUAUGUUAGCCCUGUACAGAUUCUAAAACUUUCAAAACUAGUAAACUAAUAAACUGUCAGUAUUUUUGGAAAUUUCACCAAACACGAGACAUUUUGACAGGUCAGGUUGUCUAAUCAACAAAUUACAGAUCCUAUAAAUACUAAUUCAUUUCCCCCUCUGUCCAUGCUAUUCCAAGAGAACAUUUCACUGUCUUUUCACUUUAGCCAUGUCAAGAAUAAGUAAUGGUAGCCAAGGAUUCGAGAUGGUGAAUAUCUCUAAGGAGAGCAAUCUAUUGGUAACCUUUCUAAACCGCAGGUUUGGAGUUUCCAGGAAAGCUGAUGAAGUUUCUAUUCUUUCUGGUGCUGAAGUCACUAUUGUAGUCUUCUUACCCGGAAACAAAGUGUUCUCUUUCUGUCACACUUCUGUUGAAACAACCGUUGAUCGAUUCCUCUCAAGAAACCCUCCCCAAAUUUCAGGUUCUCUGCAACUUACUGAUGCUCAUGGGAAAUCCAGACUCCCCGAGCUCAAUAUGGUGCUUAUUCAGACUAUCAACGAAUUGGAAAUGGAGAAGAAGCAAGGGGAAGAGCUUGAUCAGAUCAGGAAAAUUACCCAGGCUCAGCAGUGGUGGGAAUCUCCUGUGGAGGAACUUGACCUGACACAGCUUAAGCACCUGAAGGCAUCCUUAGAGAUGAUGCUCGGGGAUAAUGUAGGAAAGCAAGCUGAGCAGCUUCUGUUUCAAGCAACAAACAGCCCUGAAUUUUAUGCUCCAACCAGCAAUGGAGUUGUUCCAUUUGAUCUAAAGAAUCGGGGAUUCAACACAAACAUGAUGCCUUAUCAAUAUCCAAAUCUAGGAUAUGGUGGGUUCUGUUAAGUCUAAUGAUUGUCUUGUUGAGAUUAGAAGCUUUAAACUACAAUACAUUUUUGUUAAAUUGUGAUUAUAUACUUGGGGAGAAUUGGGUAUUUGUGAAGGCUACAAAUACGUAAUAUGUAUAAUCACAUUGAUUUUUAUAAUAAUUAACUUUGUUUUCUUAUACAUCUUUUAUUUUUUAUUUUUACUCUAUCAAGCAAGUGACGAAAAGGGAAGAUCCAUUUAUUCUUAAAAUUGUUUACCCGCUGCCAAGGAAGACUUAGCACUUGCCAUUCACCAUAUUUGGUUAUUAGACCCAUAAAAUAUUUUUUUUUUGGCAUAAUACAUAUUUACAUACCUAAAUUUUAAUUAUUUAGUCGUU